AACAGCGCGUGUUAUCGCCAUCACUACCGGUUGCACGCUUUGGGGCUCCUUCAAAAUCAAAACAAACCCAGAAAUGGAGCAAACACGGCCCUUUUACGACUUUAGCAUCCCCUACAACAAGGAAGACGCGGUGAUGAGGGCCCUGCUCAACGAGCUAGUGGAAUUGGGCUACAAAACCAUUGCCAUCGACCAGAGUUUCGACCACAGCAAGAAGGAGGCCGGCAAACGGGGAUCCGAGAUGUUUCCCGAGCCCUACAAGAUCGAGCAUCUGCGCAAGGAGUUCCGGGACCAGCUGCGGAUCCUGCAGAGAAUAACCAUUCUGUACGUGGACGUUAAUGUGGCGCAUGCGAUGAGUGUCUCCCUGAAUCUGCGAAAGUUCAACAUAAUUGCUGGCCAACCCAAAACGGAUGCCGCCUUGACUCACUGCUGCACCGCCUUCAACGGGGACUUGAUAACCUUCGAUCCUGUGGCUGGAUCCCGGCUUUUGGUCAAUCGAAAGGCCUACCAGGUGGCUGUGCGUCGGGGAAUGUUCUUCGAGAUUAAAUACGCCCCGGCUAUAGUCGACUCCAAUAACAGGAAGGACAUGAUUAAGGUCGCCCAGAACUAUUGCACCAAAGGAAAGUCCAAGAACAUCAUCUUCAGCAGCGGAGCGACUCACGAAUUCCAGCUGAGGGGCCCCUACGAUGUGGCCAAUCUGGCCUUUAUUUUCGGAUUGUCGGAGGACCAAGGAAAAAACGCAGUGGAUCGGCAUUGCCGGCAGCUCUUUCUUAAGGCUGAGUCCCGUCGUCUGGGCAAAACAAUCAUGUUUGUUAAGGGCAACGGACCCAUUGUGUUCUCGGAUAGCUCGGAGGACGAAAAAAGCCAGGAAGACGACGAAAUGGAGAGUCUGAAGACGGAAAUCGGGGAAGAGGAUGAAUCUGAAGUUAAAGAUGAAAAUAAGCAAGCCAAUAAAAGACUGAAAGUGGCGUAGCAUCAAAUACUAAA